GCUCCCUUCUGCCAAUCUCCGUGCCAGCAGCCUAUCAGUCCACUUUUUGGUGUCUCGAUGUCCCCUGUGUGCUGCGCGAUCCACCAUUUUCGACGUACAAGUACUUUUCGCCGCCUCUGCCUCAUUUGCAGCAUACGACUGUUUCGUAGAGUCCAGUUUUAAUUUCCGUCUCUUUUCUCCUUCUUCAUAAAACUUCAGCUUCUUCUUCUUGUCGAAUCUGCUUCCCUUUCGACUUGAUUCCUGUCAAUACAGAUCGACUACAACGGCCAUCUUUCGACACCUACGGCACCUGAGCCUCGCCGGUUGACACACCACAAUCACCACCGUAUUGUCCCUCAGCAAAGCGUCUUCAGCACCGUCGCUUGCCCAUUUCAUGAAUCUCAACCAUUACAUCGUUCAUCGUAAGCUCCAAAUCAUCACAGAAAUCACGAACUUUGCUCGAAAUUCAAAUCGAAAGAACGGUCGUCCUGCAGCCUGCAGAAGGUUGUGCAACGUUCUGAGCCGCUAAACCCGUUCUUCCCACCGUCUCACACGCAGCCGUGCCUACACGAGCAAAAAGUACAAUACGAAAGGCCAUCAUUUUUUCGAAAUCUAUGUUGGCCUAAAGAUUUACAAAGUCGAAGCCCCUCAAAAUAGACACACCAUUGUUCAGACAGGAUCGAACGCAGUGUCAUGAUUUGAUGGCCCCAUCAUAAACUCAACUGUCGUCAUCGUAACUUUCCCGCUCCGGACCAGCCGCUGCAUCCAGCAAAAGCUUUGGCCUCGUAAUACGGAACGGUGCCCUCGUACGCCCGGAGAUCAAAAUCGACAACAGCCAGCAAGCGCCUCGACGUCAUGUCGUCUACCUUUGCCCGGUCGCUGAAUAAGGCACCUGCAUAUCUAUCGCCAUGUCGCCGCCCAACUCUCGGCCGUACUCUAUCCAACUCUUCUGAUUUUUCAGUAUCCUCCAGUCGUUCAGACGACCGAGGUGAUAUUGCAACAUCUAAUCCGUCUACGCCUGCUCUGGAGACGCUCGAGCUGCAUCGUUGUCCCAAUAACAGAACUACCCGCGCACCCUCUCCAGGAUACGCAGCGUCCCCUCAGCCUUCUUCGAGUCGGCCUAUUGCCAUAGAAAUUCCAAAAAUUAAAAAGAAUAGUGCUGCUUCUAUUUACACACCACCAGAGCCGGUAUCUGGUCGAGGAGAGCUUCCUGGCGGCUACUUUCCUCUGCAUGAAGAUCCUACCACUCGAGUCCAUCACCCCCAUCCAUUCAGACCAGACGUCAACCCCUUCAAAACAAAAGCUCACUCAACCAUGCCUGGCGAAUACUCAACGGCGUCCUAUCGCCCAACAUCCCCCAACAUGAGGCCAAAGCAGGCUACCGUUUCUUCUUAUAUGCCUGCUGGCUUCCACGAUCAGCCACUCCCUUUGGGCAAAUAUUAUCCUUCCAACUACGAACAGAGAGACGACUCAUUCCAGACGCAACACAAACACAAAUCGAAUCCUCGUGCUGCUCUUGUACGACAGGAUAGCUCAACUUAUCCACCACGAGAUGUUGACUCAAGACAACGCAUGCUGCAGUACCAACGUGACAUGGUCGCCCAAGCUGCCAUGGUCUUGAAUCAUACCAUGAAGAAUAAAUCGUCUUUACAAGAUUCAGCAUUUCACCAUGUUUCCAUUCCUGAUAUCCGCCUUGGUUCCGGCAGUGCAUACAAACCGCUUUCUCCGAGACUGGAUCCUCUGGGAAGCCCAGGCCCAGUGACCCCUAUGGAAUUGGAAGCUGGAGGCAGUUAUCUCGAUAAAAGAAUCGUGACUACUGAAUUCGGUAAAGAGAAUCUCGCUCCAAACACUGCAACUUUUUCGCCGCGAUCCCUGUGAGACAGAUACUAUCCCAGGGAGCAGAGACACCGCGAUACUACAGACUCUUCUUUGUUUUCGUUUUUUCAGACAGCCAUUUGUAUUUUCUUUGCUCAACAUGUUACACAGCGGAACCUCAUAGAAUGCAUGGAUUCGGCGUUGCAAAGCCUGGUUAGACAUGGGCGGCUUACCACAUUGCUUUUCUUUUACUGUUUACAACUGCUCACCAACCCACGGCCGCUCGUACUAGCGCAGCAAGCUUGUUUGGUUCAAUUUGAUACCCUCGCUAUAUAGAUAUUCAAUUUUUAACUUGAUUUGAUUAUACUUUGC